CUUCUAUGUUUCUAUAGUUUCUUGUAUCAAGUGAUGUCGUUAAUUUGGUUUGCCGAAUCAAGAUGUUUUAUUUUGUUACUUGUUCAUGUAAAGCAGUGCCCAUAUUACCGAAGGAAAACAUGAUUUUGUUCUUUUUCAUUUUUGAGCUAGAUGACACAUUGGUAUUUAUCUGCCUGUGUAUGCGAGCAAGCAUGAAUGAAGUUUAGCCCUUUCCAAAAAAUAAAAAGAAAACAUCAAUUUUAGUCUAUCUUAAUAUCUACACCGUUUCAAACGUUAACGGAGCGUGACUGUGUGAUCCUCCUUGUCCUUGAUGACAAUUUUUAAAAAUGUUAAACUUGAGAAGCAUAUUUUACUACAAAAAUAUUAAGAUCCGCUUAUCGUUGGCCUUCUUUGUUUUCCUUUUAGUUACAAACUUACCAGCAUUAUAAAUUUUCUGUGAAAAUUACUUGCUACGUGACCAGUUAUCUACUCACUGCCUUGGCAUGAGUCUUCUAACCAUCCGUUUGUUAUGCCUAAACAAUGGCACACUUCUUUACUUGUCAAAGCCAUUUACCAAAUUUUUGCAUGUAUAUAUUGUCAACCCUGUAAAUUUCAACACCAUAACUCAUCAUCUACUAACAUUAUCGACAUGGAGUUCUUCCUUGCCAAUGUAAUAUUUGUCUUUAGCCAGCUCAAGAUUCUAGCAGCCAUUCUCGCCAUAGCCACUGCUGUAUAUCUCUUCUACAAAACAAAACGUGUAUAUCUAGUUGAUUUCAUGUGUUAUAGUGCCCCUGAUGCUUACCGAGCCCCUACAUCUACCUUCGUAGAACACAUAGAAAGAUUAGGCAAAUUCAACAGUGAGACUAUUGAGUUUCAAACUAAAGUCUUGAAAAGAUCUGGUCUUGGAAGCAAAAGCUACUUUCCCGCUGGUAUUCAUCUGUAUCCAACCGAUCAAACUCUUAACUCAGCUGUACAAGUUGAAAUGGUGCUCUUUUCAGUAGCACAAGAGCUCCUUUCCAGGCACAAAAUUGACCCAAAAAGCAUUGAUAUUCUCAUAACUAACUGCAGCGUCAUUUGUCCAGCUCCCUCUUUUGCUUCCAAGAUUGUCAACAAGUUUGGUUUGAGAAGCAAUAUAAAGAGCUUCAACCUCUCUGGAAUGGGAUGCAGUGCCGGACUAUUAUCAGUUUCUUUGGCUGAAGACCUCCUCAAAGUUCAUGAGAACUCUCUAGCUUUGAUUCUGAGUAUGGAAUCUGUUUAUUCAAAUAUCUACAAUGGAAAAGUCAAGUCCAUGUUGCUUGCUAAUUGUUUGUUUCGGAUGGGUGGUGCUGCGGUCUUGCUUUCCAAUCGGAAAAGAGACAAAAGAGUAGCCAAAUAUGAACUUAAACACUUGGUGAGAACCUAUGCCAAAGAUAGUUAUUACAAAUGUGUAAUCCAGGAGCCAGGUAAGGAUGGAUUUACUGGGGUUAACUUAUCAAAAUCACUCAAGCAAGUAGCAGGGAAAGCCUUAAGAGUUAAUACGGCUACACUUGCAGUAUUGGUACUACCCUAUUCAGAGCAAGUCAAGUACAUUUUGGCAAUUGUUUGGAAGAAAAUUUGGCCCCCAGCAAAAAAAAGAGGGCCCUAUAUACCAAACUUUAAGAAAGCGUUUGAGCAUUUUUGUAUUCAUUCAGGCGGGAAGUCAGUUAUCGAAACAGUGAAGGAGAAACUGAAGUUGAGAGAAAAGGACAUUGAAGCCUCAAGGAUGACACUUCACAAGUUUGGGAACACAUCCUCUGCCUCAAUUUGGUACUCACUUUGCUAUCUUGAGGCAAAAGGAAGAGUUAAGAAAGGGGACCGAGUUUGGCAGUUGUCUUUCGGGAGUGGGCUCAAGUGUAACAGUGCAGUUUGGAAGUGCAUCAAACAUCUUGACCAUGAAAGUUCUAAUGUCUGGUCUGAUUGGAUCCACAGGUAUGCGGUGGAAGUUCCAGAUAUAAUGGAUCAUUGAAGCAAAUUAAUAUUUAGAAAUGAGAGUUUGUUUUUUCCUGGUAUGAUAGUAUAGAGCUGUAUAGUUUGGGAAGCUGAUAAUAAACUAUGCUAAAGAAUUUAUUAGUUUUUCUACCAAUGAUAGAGUAGCUAGCUACUUUUGGUACUGAUAUUGGGAUCAGUUUUGAAACAAUACAUUAAAUUGUGUUUUUCAGUAAGGAUGACUCAUUAUGCAA